UCACACAGCAUAGAAACCCGGAAGUGCAGAAAUGCCCAGCAGGCUGUCAGUCAGUUAGUGGAUAUUUAGUCCCCACCUUUCCCUGUAGCAUGGGGAAUGGAACUAGUGUUUUAUUACAAAUACAUGAAAAAAAAAUAGUUUUAUCCGCGUUUUAGCAACGCAACAAGCCGUGCCCCUAAAGCUGGAGUGAGUGUGCAUCCUUAUCUCCUAUCAGUGGGAAACUGCAGCUGGGUCAGAAACAGCCCGAGUUCCGGUCAGAGUUCACAUGUGUGUGCUGUUUAAAUUCUUCUGCUGUUUUUCCUCUUCGUCUCUGAUGUCAUGUGCGGUUGAACAUGGCCGUUAUGGAGGCGUUCAUUGGAGCAGGUUAGUGUGGAGCAUUGUAAUGCCACGUCUACUUCAGUGUGACUGUAGUGUUCGCUGCAGUCGGGUACAAUAACAAUCAUCAUAAUCAGACACGCAAAGUUAUUUUUGUUGACGGGAACAAUGGCAAAGAGUGGACGGAGGAGCCGAUCUGCACAGGUGAAUGGAGGUGGUGGUGUGUCCGGUUGUCCGCCGACGGAAGCGUUUCGUGCUCGCCCUGUCCGCCUAUGGCUGUGGCGCGCGCUGCCGGUGAUCCUCAUCCUCCUGAUGCUGAUGUUCAUCCUCGGCUCUUACUUGUGCAGCUACCCGGGCAUCACUGACAGUCCAAAGUACAGCGCCGAUCUGCUUAAAGAUAAGUUCUCCCACAAACCCAGGAAGUUAUCUCUGACCCAGGUGCGCCACCUUGCUGCUCAGGUGGACAGCACUCGGCUUUGGGAGACCCACCUGCGGCCCAUACUGAUUGAGAGGGUUCCAGGUACGGCAGGGAGCAAAGCCGUACUCCAGCACAUCGUCUCCCAGCUGCGCUCCCUCUCUGCAGGCUGGACUGUAGAAGAAGACUCAUUCCAGUCAUCUACUCCCAAAGGACCCGUGACCUUCAGUAAUGUCCUGGCUGUGCUCGACCCCUCUGCCCCCCGCAGGCUCCUUCUUGCCUGCCACCAUGAUUCCAAAAUCUUACCUCGAGACCCUAAAGACCCACAGCGAGUGUUUAUCGGGGCCAGUGAUUCAGCCGUACCCUGUGCCAUGCUGCUGGAGCUGGCAUCAGCGCUGGACACGCAGCUGAGAUCUCUGAAACAGCAGAGGUCUGCGUUGACGCUGCAGCUCGUGUUUUUCGACGGAGAGGAAGCGUUUGAGGAAUGGACAGAUACAGACUCUCUGUACGGCUCACGUCAUCUGGCUGAACUCAUGGCUCACACGGCUCAUCCUUCAGGCUCCACACACACCACGCAGCUGCAGGCAGUGGAUCUGUUCGUGCUGCUGGACUUACUCGGAGCUGCAGAGCCUCUGAUUGUCAAUCAUUUCGAUAACACAGCUCACUGGUUUGAUCGUCUUAUAGCUGCAGAGAGGAGGCUGCACCGCCAGGGCUUACUGUCCUCACAUGGUUCAGAACAAAACUACUUCAGGAAGGACAUAUAUCUGGGACCAGUGCAGGAUGACCAUGUUCCGUUUUUGCUCAGAGGUGUACCGGUGCUGCACUUGAUCUCUACACCAUUCCCUCCGUUCUGGCACACGCUCGAGGACACUGAGGAGAACAUGCACCGGCCCACGGUCGAGAACCUCACCAAGAUCCUAGCCAUCUUCCUGGCUGAAUACCUGCACCUCUGAGCUGACUCAGACUCUGCUCCUGAACACACACGUGUAUGGAGUGACUCUCUGUAUGUUACAGACUACGGACAAUAGCGAUGAUGUAUUACCUCUUGGUUACAUACAGGCACAGCAUCUGCUGUGGAAAAGUGGUAUGAUUUAUUUUUUAUUAUUUUAUCUGCUGAAACAAGAGCCAUAAACACACAUGCUUUGGCAGCUGAUCGGGUCAUGCUAAAAUGAAGACGCAGACUGUGGUGAGCCUGUUCAUUUGACUUACUGCGUAAGUUUGAGCCAUUAUUUGCUAACCUGUCGCUUAGGCAGUGCUGGUUAGAUUUGAAUGAAUCUUAAUAAUAAAUGUUGUUAUUAAGAUAUCAGCAGGACCUGUGAGAUUGAGAGCGACCUCAUAUUUCAUUUCCGGUGAAACGGGAAUAUGUGGAGCCGUACCAAAAUCUACUUACUGAUAGACCAUGUGCUGUUUGCCCGUGCCUAAUCUGGAACUGUUAUGCAUGUUUCCACUUAAAUGAGUUCAACUGGAAUUGAGAACACAAACUGAAUGUGAGCUAGAUUGCUAAAGCUAAUAAACCUUUAUUUGAGCAGCUAUAUAUUUCAUAUAAAUAGCAAUAAAAUAUCUACUGUGUAA